GAAUGGACUCUCAACCCAGACGAAUCAAAUAUCGUUUCUUGAAACUUUGCCAGAUGACACCCAAAUCUCCAGAGAAGAGAGAUCUUUUCGCUUUUGGAUAAAUAGUCAUGGAAACUCUACAUACAUCAACAAUAUUUUUGAAGAUGUCAGAAAUGGAUGGGUUCUCCUAGAGACUCUUGAUAAAGUGUCCCCAGGGAUUGUCAAUUGGAAAAUCACUACUAAACCACCAAUUAAAAUGCCAUUCAGAAAAGUAGAAAAUUGCAACCAAGUUGUCAAGAUUGGGAGACAGCUGAAGUUUUCCCUAGUCAAUAUUGCUGGAAAUGACAUCGUUCAAGGAAAUAAGAAACUAAUACUUGCAUAUCUGUGGCAGCUGAUGCGAUUCAACAUACUUCAGCUUUUGAAGAACUUAAGAUUUCAUUCCCAUGGGAAGGAAAUUUUUGAUGCUGACAUUUUAGAGUGGGCAAACUCCAAAGUAAGAAAUUCAGGGGGCCAGACCCGCAUGGCCAGUUUUAAGGAUAAGAGUUUGUCAGAUGGAAAAUAUUUCCUUGAGCUCCUCAGUGCCGUACUCCCUCGAUCUGUUGACUGGAGUCUUGUUACGAAAGGAGAGAGUGACGAGGAGAAAAAAAUGAAUGCAACCUACAUCAUCAGUAUAGCAAGGAAGCUUGGAUGUUCGAUAUUUUU